AUGAUUGUGCUACUGCUUCUUAAAUUUUGUUUUGGAACGUUUGUAUUCAUUCCAUCUUUUUUCCAUCUUACACACUUUCCUUCUUUUUUUACUAUUAUAUUUUACUUACUUUAUCUUUUUACGUUUUCCAUCUUACUUUCUUUAUUUCUCUUUUGCCAACUUCUUUCGUUUCUUUCUUAUUUUUACUUAUUCAAUUUUACUCUUUUUUCCAUUUUCUUUUACUUUUACAAUCUUAAUUUCUUUCUUCAUUUUUCUCUUUUUCGAUCAUAUUUCCUUUCCUUCUGUUUUACAUUAUCUAUCUUACCCUCUUUCAUUUUUUACUUUUUCCAUCUCACCCCUUUUUUCUUUUUUAUACUUUUUCCAUCUUACCCCCUUUCUUUCUUUUUUUACUUUUUCCAUUUUACUCACUUUGAUUUUUUAUUUUUAUUUUUCCCGUCUUACUUCCUUGCAAUAUUUGUCAUCUUAAUUCGUUUCUUUCUUAUUUUUAAUUAUUCCAUCUUAUUGCCUUUCCUUCUUUUUACAUUUCCAUCUUGCUUCCUUUCUUUCAAAUUUUACUUUUUCCAUGUCACUUAUUUUCCUUCUUCCUUUUUCCAUUUCCAUCUUUCUUCUUUUCCUUCUUUUUUGUCUUUACUUCCUUUCCUUCUUUUUUUCUUUUACCGUCUUAUUUCGUCUUCUUCUGUUUCAUUAUAUUUACUUUCCUUCCUUUUAACAUUUUCCACCUUGCUUCUUUUUUCCUUGUGCCAUCUUACUUUCUUUUUUUCCUAA